UCCGACAGGUUCCACAGCAAUUUCUUUAACACCGAGACGCAAGGAUUAAGCAGCAUGGAGGUGGACUAUAUUGAAUACGAGGAUUAUACAGCCGACAAUGAAACAGAAAACAUCACAAACCCUGGCCUGCCAAACUUUGGGAGUUCUCAGUCUUCCUUGACUCAUGUUCUGGUGGCGGUCAAUAUCCUGACAUCUGUCAUUGGUCUUGGAGGAAACUCACUGGUGAUUUGGAUCUGUGGAUGCAGAAUGAAAGUGAAGGUGAUCACCACCUGGUACAUCAGUCUGGCCCUAUCGAAUGCCAUGUUCUGCACCUUUUUGCCCCUGGAAGUGUUCUACAUGAUAACCUCGCACUGGCCAUUUGGGCAACUCUUGUGCAAACUCACUUCAUCCGCUCUGUUUCUCAACAUGUACAGCAGCGUGUUCCUGCUGGUUUUGAUCAGCGCCGACCGCUGCGUGAUGGUUUUGUUUCCCGUGUGGUCACAUAACCACCGGACAGUGAAGAAGGCAUUCGGCAUUGUGCUACUCAUGUGGCUCUUCUCCGCACUCCUGACGUUGCCCUCGCUGCUCUACAGACAAACCAAACCCCAUGGUUCAGUCACUCAGUGCCACACAGGCUACAUGGACCACGCCAGGCACAAGGCAGUGGUUCUGUAUCGAUUCGUCUGUGGAUUCAUCAUUCCUUUCCUGGUGAUCGUUUUCUGCUGCGUGGUGCUUGGUGUGAAGUUGAAGAGUUUGACCAAGAGGUCCACAAAGCCCUAUAAAAUCCUGGUGGCACUUAUCUUCUCAUUUUUCAUCUGCUGGUUCCCGUAUCAUACCUUUGUGCUCCUGGAGUUGGACCUGAAGAACUCCAGCCUGAGAGUGCUGGAAACCGGGCUGAAAGUGGGUGCAACCCUGGCUGCCGCAAACAGUUUCAUUUCCCCAAUUCUUUAUGUGUUUAUUGGCAAUGACUUCAAGCAAACUCUGAAGAGGUCUUUGACAUCAAGAAUCGAGGAUGCAAUGGCAGAGGACCUUCGAACAGGCGCUUUCAAUCACUCAAAGUCCAAGUCGAUGGACACACUCGAUUAUAAAACUAAGCUUUCCUCAACAGAGCCAAGGACUUCUUCGUUGUUUGUGAACACAACAGCAAAUUUGGGUAACAUCAGCUAAAUGACAUCUUGUUAUCUGUAACAGAAAAUGUAUGUAAAAAAAGUAUGUAUAACUGAAUAAAUGAUCAUGUUAAUGGGGGGAAAAAAUCCCCUGAUUUCUAAACAAAAUGAAAUUCCAGGCCACAAUCGUCAUAUUUUGUCAUUAAAGUACCAGGUUCAGUUAUAUCUUCAUGAACAUUUUGUAUAUUUUUUUGAAUAUGUGUACAUAUUUUGCAUGUUUCGAUGCUGCAGUUGUGUUGGUAUGAUUGCUCCUGUGAUGAAUAAUGCAUCCAAAGGUUAUUAAAUGUAUUAUCUACAAUGUACUGUGUUUUGUUGUAUAUACUAUGUCAACACCUAUUAAA